GGGUGUCGGGCGGCGGGGAGGGAUCGGCACGCAGCACCUCCUCCCCUGGGGAGGGAAGAGCAACGCCGCCGCCGUCGCCGCAGCGCCCGGGCGCAAAGCGGGAGCCUGGAGGUGGGCGCGUCGCCCGGGCGCUGGAGACGGCGGGAUCGGGGCCAUGUUUCAGCGCGGGUCGCGGCGGCGCCGAUCCACCCGAGCCGUGAGUCUUUCUCCCUGCGGAGGCGGCGGGGAAGGCGAGGCGGGGAGCCAGCCUGCCGGGACGCCGACGAGGCCCGCGCCGGUGCAGCGCUGGCUGGCCAGGAAGGGGCGGGCGGGCCAAAGGCACCCCGAGAUCGGGGGAAGGGGGUUUCGGAGGGCGGAGAGGGGGGUCCCUAAGGGGCGUUGCUCCCCCCAUUUCCUCUCCCCAAGGGCUAAUUGUCUCCGAGGGAAUCGGGACCUCUGUGCCGGAUCGGACCCGAGGCCUGUCUCGCCCGGCACCCUGUUCCUUACAGAAGGCGACCCCCGAGCCGGACGGGAGCGCAGCCGGCCUCUCCAGCGCCUGCUGUUCUCCGGCGGGCGGCUUCUGAUCUCCGUCGUGGCCAGGGGCCGUGGGUCGAUUUAUUCUCCAUGCAUUUGUCUGAUCCUUUUUAAAAAGCCACCUAGGUGGUCACUACCACGUGUUGUGGUAGUGCAUUCCAGGGUGGGAAGCAGAAUUUCCUCUCGUCUGUCGCGAAUCUCCCUCCCUUCAUUUUAUAACAGAGGGAGAAAAGCUUGUUUCUAUACAUUGACUCGAUGCUAGGUGUAAUUUUAUAUACCUGUGUUAUAUCCCCACUCCUUACUCACCUUUUUUCCAACCCCCAAACACUGCGCUCCAGUCCUCUGAUCAUUUGGAUUGCACUUUUCUGCAUCCUUUCUAGCCCCACAAUAUCCUUUUGAGUUUUUGCAACCUGAAUUAUACACCAUAUUCCCAGUGUAGUUCUACCAUAGGCUUGUAUAAGGGCAUUUCAGUAUUGACAGUUUUAUUUUCAAUUUCUUUCCUUGCGAUUCCCUAAGGUGGAAUUCAUCCUUUUCACAGCUGCCACAUGUCAAGACAGCAUUUUCACUGACCUGUCCUUCACAACCUUACAGCCUCUUUUGUGGUCUGGCAUCAUUAGUUCAGAUCCCGAUAAGGUUUAAGUGCAAUUAGGAUUUUGUGAGAAACUUUGUGAAAACCGUAUUAAAAACCCAAGUACACAGCUUCUACAAAGAUUUGUUGGCACCUUUGAAGAACUCUAGGAGGAUAAUGAGACAGGAUUUGCCUUUGCAGAAGCAAUGCUGAUUCUUCAGAAAGGCUUGUUCUUCUAUAUGCUUGAUAAUCUUAUCUUUAAUAAUUUCCGCAAAUUUACCCAGAACAGAUGUUAGGCUAAUCUGCUUGUAAUUUCCUAGAUUCCCCCAAUUAUUAUUAUUUAAAUAGUUUUAUAUUUGCCACCUUCCAGUCCUCAGGUACAGAGGUCAAUUCUAGGGAGAAGUUGCAUGUUUUUGUUAAAGACCAGCAAUUUCAUAUUUGAGUUCUUCAAGAACUUUUAGGUGGAUUCCACCUGGGCUCAACAUUGUGCUAAUUUUUAAUUUGUUAAUAAAGUUCACCUCUGUCACCACAGCCUUGCUAAAAAAGCCACUUCAGGCAUAGGCAUAUUUUGCACUGACAUAUUGUGAGAGUUUUAAAAGGACUGUUGUACCAUAAAUAAGGCUUUCUAUGGAGCUACUUGGGGACACAGGUGGUGCUGUGGUGUAAAACACUGAGCCUAGGGCUUGCCGAUCGGAAGGUCGGCAGUUCGAAUCCCUGCAAUGGGGUGAGCUCCUGUCGCUCUGUCCCUGCUCCUGCCAACCUAGCAGUUCGAAAGCACGUCAAAGUGCAAGUAGAGAAAUAGGUACCGCUCCAGCAGGAAGGUAAACAGCGUUUCCGUGUGCUGCUCUGGUUCGCCAUAAGCGGCUUAGUCAUGCUGGCCACAUGACCCGGAAGCUGUACGUCCCUCAGCCAAUAAAGCGAGAUGAGCGCCACAACCCCAGAGUCGGCCACGACUGGACCUAAUGGUCAGGGGUCCCUUUACCUUUGCCUAUGUGGUGCAAGGGCCUCCCUUUCCUGUGCUCAGAAGAUGCUAUGGGGUACUGAGUUGCAGGAGAUGGCUGUGAAAGCAAUAUAGGUUAGAUCAUGGGUAGACAAACUAACACCUGGGGGCCAGAUCCGGCCCAGUUGCUUUCUAAAUCCAGCCCACAGAUGGUCCAGGAAUCGGCAUGUUUUUACAUGAUUAGAAUGUGUGUUUUUAUUUAAAAUGCAUCUCUGGGUUAUUUGUGGGGCAUAGGAAUUCGUUCAUCCCUCCCCCCAAAAAUAUAAUCUGGCCCCCCACAAGGUCUGAGGGUCAGUGGACUGGCCCCCUGCUGAAAAAGUUUGCUGACCCCUGGCGUAGAUGUUAAGGUCUAAGGGUUUAGUGGGACACCGAGGUAUGGGGAGUAUGUGUUGUAAGAGUUAUUAAAGGGUUGCUACAGAUGUCGGGACUCUGGGCAAUAUAGGGUUCAGUGGGCCGCUGUGUUGUGCCAUUGCACUGGCAUCCCAAGGCAUUUCAGAGGAGUUAUAUGGCACCAGGAUCGCUUCCCCUCUCCGUUCUAAGGACCAGAGAAGAUGCUGAGAAAGGUUGAGGCCUAGCAACAUUGUAGAUGUAGAUGUAGAUGUAGAUGUAGAUGGAGUACAUUGUAGAUGGAGAUGGAGAUGGAGAUGGAGAUGGAGAUGUAGUAUGGAGCCUUGUGGGAUAAUGUGUUGCCCAGCUCAUGGAAGGACUGCUGCCGCAGAAAACGCUGUCGGUUCCUGUGUUCCUUGGUUUGGUGGUGUGUGUGACCUUGCACAUCCUAUAGAAACUAAGCUGUGGUUGAUUACUUGAGGGAAUUCUGAUCAGAAUUGUUGUAGCUGUUACCCAAGGUGAUUAUAAUGGCUUACUCUGGGGUGCCAGGGCCUUCUAAGGCCCUAAUGAGGUGCUAUGGGGUACUGUGUUGCAGAGUCCUAAAAAGUGUUCAUGAGGUACUUGGACAGUGCUUGCUAGAUACUGAGAUACUGGGAUUCUUGCAAAGAAUGUUAUAGAGAGGCUUUGGUUUCAUCAAGGAAGACUGUUCCUAAACGAAAGCAUAUUUUAAGGACCAGACUAGCUAUUCCUGAUCUCCGGAGUAACCCUCCAGAUGUUGCUGGACUACAGUGCACAUCAGCCCUGGCCAUCAUGGUUGUAGUUCAACAACUUCUGUAGGGUACCAUGUUGCCUACCGCUGCCUUUACUGUUAAGAGGUCCUGGGUGUGCAUUUUUAUGGCUUUAAAAGAAAUUUCUGGAGUGGGCCAUGCAAGAGUAAAGUCAGCUUACUUGAGGACUGCAGCAAAUUUACUUAAGUGUAAAUGGUUUGGUCCCUGUAUACCUCUAAAGCACAACCUCCACACCUAUGUUCCAUCAUGGCCAAUAACCAAGAGCGUCCGCUUGCACAUACCACCCCGUCCUAAAUUUGAGCAGCAAUGGCAUGUGGAUAGAUUAUUGCAUGGGGCCACUUCCUUCUUGAAGACCUCACCAGAGACAAUGCUAACCUUUGUUUUUGUGGGCAGGUGGGGAAGCAGUUGGUGGCUGGGAAUAUGAAAGUGUUUAUUUUAAUACAUUUAAAUAUGCUGCACAUUCCUAUGAAAUACUGCCUUUAGUUGUUUAUCUAGCAUAUAACCAUAGUCUUGAUAUAUCAGUGCUCUGAAAUCUGAGACGUUAUAGGCAAGGUACAUAGGAACUUUCCUUCUACUGGAUCAGGCCAUUAGCCCAUCUAGGCCCGUAUUGUCUGCACUGAUUGACGGCGGCUCUCCAAGGCCUGAACAGAAAAAUUUAAUUGUGUGUAUGUGCUGGUAGCUGUGGAGCAUCACAUUGCCAAGAGAUCCAAAAUGCUUUGGGGUCUGUUCCAGGGCUCACGAGGGAUUCUGUGGGUCUCUGAGCUACUGGAGCUUCUACAAAAAUUAUAGGAUUUCGUCUCUUCAAUUCCUAUUUUGCAGAGGAUAUACGUCUGUCCCUAAUUCUUGCCGCUAUGGCUGACACUGAGUUUUCCCAAUGUAUGGAUUGUGUUGUUCUUAUAGCAUUUUGUAUCCCCUUAGUCAAGUGCCAUGACACGCUUGACACUAAAUGAGUUAACAGGCAAAGUAACGUUUAAAAUUGUCUCUGUGUGCAAUUCAUUACAGACAUCCGACCCUGCCCUGUUGUUGGGGUCUGGAGCACAGGAAGAAGCAAUUUAAUCUCUUCCUGCUCCAGCUGCAAACUCCCUAUCCCCACCCCAAUGACUGCAAAGCUUGUGGGGGGAGUGAAAUUCCCACUGGUGCUAUUAACUUCUCUUCAGCUGGAGUCUGGAGAUGAGGACUAAGGAGUUAAACCAAAGGCUUAAUGGAAGAGGUGGGGUUUGCCAGAAGAGGUAGAAAGGUGGCGAGUUGUGUUGUGAGAGGGAGGGUGUUCUCCAACCAAGGCCUAAGGGGCAAAGAGAGAAUGGGCGGAGGUGUUUAAGAGAGCAGGUGACUUUUCAGCAGCUAACCCCAAAGUCGUGGAGUUGAAGGAGUGAAGAUCGCAGCUGGCAGGGAUCUCUCCGGACGCAAAGGCAGGGAAAUAAGGUGGGAAAUGAGAAAUCAAGCCUGUGAAGGUUGGGUUUGGGGUGAUGGGGACUCUGUGCUGCUCCACACUGGAGAGCCAGUGUGGUGUAGUGGUUAAGAGCGGUAGUCUCGUAAUCUGGGGAACCGGGUUCGCGUCUCCACUCCUCCACAUGCAGCUGCUGGGUGACCUUGGGCUAGUCACACUUCUUUGAAGUCUCUCAGCCCCACUCACCUCACAGAGUGUUUGUUGUGGGGGAGGAAGGGAAAGGAGAAUGUUAGCCGCUUUGAGACUCCUUAAGGGGAGUGAAAGGCAGGAUAUCAAAUCCAAACUCUUCUUCUUCUUCUCCUGGAGAAGACAACCGAGGCAAUUAUACAGCAAAGGUUCCUACGCUGGAGCUGCCCAGAAGGAGAUGAUGCACCAGCAGUAAGAAAUAGGAAGGCUGUGUUGGACAAGAGAAGGCUCUCCUGUAGCCAUGGCAACAGAUGUGGAGAUGCGGUCAUCUCAGGGCCUUCUUCAGGUGGACUUAUUGCAGACCUUUAGCAGGAGAGCUAGGGCUAAGUUUUACUCAGAGCAGCCCCUUCGCAAUUAAUGCGUCUAACUUAAUUUCAGUGGGUCUACAAUAAUUAAGACUUAGUUGAAUGCUCACCUGUAGCCCUUAAUUUGUUGUGCUCAUGUCCCAGUGUUGGGGUGUCCAUGGGAGUGGAGGUUUCUGUUGUUUUCCUGCCUUGCCUUUGCCUUGGGGUGGAUGGGGACCAGGUUGUUAACUCUCUGACUGGCCUCCUGGCUGACCUGGUUUCCUUGUUCAAGAGCAAUCCAGGUUAGGUCCACACCUCUUGUUUGGUUCUGAGGGCUUGGGGCUGACAGGUGCAGUUCGGCAGCUGCAGUGGACACCUUUUGUGGGUGCAUAAAGCUCAACCCCACAUGAUUGCUUCCCCAACGGGCUACCUGCCGACUGCCGCUCCUCCUCUCUGUUUUCCAUCUACUUUUCUUGGAACGUAGUUGUGGGUUUUGGAGCAAGAUAUUGGCAGCGGGCGGAGAUCCAAAGGUGAAAUUGGGCCCAGAGACUCACAAAAUUGUGUGUGUAGGUGUCGAAUGGGGCUGGUGGGCGGGUUGAGAUUGAGCAAGAGAAAAGGAUAGAGAGAUUGUGUAGGAGCAGGAGUUCAGUAGGGUUCUCUGUCUUUACAAUUUGUAAUUCGGUGCAAUGCUGCAGCUGGGAGCGCCACAGACCCAAAUCCUGCCGUAACGGAUCAGGAGAAGUCUUUCCCUUUCAGUUAACGUUGGGAUUAUUUAAGGCAUUUUGGGGUCAUGCUGGGCCAUGGGGUGGGUAGAAGGCUGGUGGGGGUGGCGCGGGUGAAGGGGUUCUUGAACAGGGAGCAACUGUUGUGUGGGAGAAAGCAUAGGGGUCGUAUACGAUGUAUCCCAAAUCUGGGAUUUGGGGGGUGGGGUGGGGGGAGAUUGCUUAUUACGUCAGCCCUGGCAGAUUUGAUUUCCCAAAGCUGCAUCUGAUGAAAUAGAUCUCCGCCUUCCUUGAAAUCCCUUCUAAGCUGCAGGAGGAUGGGUAGCGGCAGCAGUUGGCAGAUGUGAGGGGGAAAGAAUCAUCUUGCUUGUGGAUACUGUGCAAUCUCUCCAGCACCACGGAAUAAGUUUUGGUUACAGUUUUGCUUGUUCCUGGUGGUGGCUGUCAUCUUUUCGUUCCAGAAACCUUAUCUCUGUGGGCAUGGGUAAGGGGGCCUUUUCCUGAGCAGAUAUAUCUAUAUCAUCUAUAUCUAUAUCUAUAUAUGAAUCAAAGGGUCACAUUCGUUUCUCUAUGAACAGACAGUUCCUUUCCGAUGGCAAGCUCAUUUUUAAAGUUGCUGCAACGGCAGAGCCUUUGAGCAUAUGCAGAGUGUUUCCCAAAAUUGAAGGGCACACUCUUCUGUUGAGAACAGGUUCAUAACAACACAUGCGUUUAACACACAAACGAUCAUUUGCUUUAUAUCUUUAUGCUGUGGCAACAGAGUUGAAGACUGAAAUUCUGGUAGAUGGGUAAAAAUUCUGGCCAGGUAGAGAUCAUGGUUCCCUAGUUUGCUUUUCCUUAUUUUUAAAAGUUUCAUGCUGCCUUUCCACAGCUUGAGAUGGGUCACAUAUAUAUAUAUAUUUUAAAUGAGAACAAUAUAUAGAGUUGACAGCAGGUAGUUAAAAGUGAAACUUCAGACUUGGGGGGUGCCAGGAAUGCUUCACUGAGGCGCCAGAGCUAGCCUUUUCUACUGCCUCCAUCUUGAUUCUGUUGUGCUCGGUUCACCCUUUUUUUCCAAAGGGAUUUUUUUCCUGCCCAGUUUCUAGGCACUGCUUCAGCGAUUCUUGCCUUGGGGGAAGUGGGAGCGGCUCCUGGCACCUUCUCCCCCCCCCUUUCCUGGUGUGUCAUCUUAGCUGUUCAUUGGCGCAAGGAAACCCACACCAAAGAGGCAAGACGGAUGAAAAGUGGCAGGAAGGGAGAGUUAGGAAAGUUCUUUUUCCGCAUCGAGGCCUUUCCACUUUUACCCUGUUUCGCCCCCCAAUUAUUAUUUUUUGAGGCACUUUGCUGCCCACUUUCUCAGCCACCUGCGGUGGCAGGAAGCCAACAUCUGGCCUGUUUAUGUCUUGCUGAACUGAGCUGAGGCAGGUCCUGGCCUGUGGGUGGCUUCCGGCACCCAAAUGAAGUUACGCUUCUCCCACAGUGCCUUGCUGCUCUCAGACGGGAAUUAGCUUCCUUACAAAUCCUUCUUUAGGCCAAAGUGCAGACAGGAUUUCACCCACGAGUCUCCGGCUGCUGCGGUUAACAGUCAGGAGUGAUGAUGAUGAUGAUGAUGAUGAUGAUUUAUUAUUUAUACCCCGCCAUUCUGGGUGGGUUUCUCCAGCCACUCUGGGCGGCUUCCAACAAAAUGUUAAAAUACAAUAGUCUGUUAAACAUUAAAAGCUUCCCUAAACAGGGCUGCCUUCAGUUGUCUUCUAAAAGUCUGGUAGUUGUUGUUCUCUUUGACAUCUGGUGGGAGGGUGUUCCACAGGGAGGGCGCCACUACCGAGAAGGCGCUCUGCCUGGUUCCCUGUAACUUGGCUUCUCACAGCAAGGGAACCGCCAGAAGGCCCUCGGCGCUGGACCUCAGGUAGAACGAUGGGGGUGGAGACGCGCCUUCAGGUAUACUGGACCGAGGCCGUUCAGGGCUUUAAAGGUCAGCACCAACACUUUGAACUGUGCUUGGAAACAUACUGGGAGCCAAUGUAGGUCUUUCAAGACCGGUGUUAUGUGGUCAAGGCGGCCGCUCCCAGUCACCAGUCUAGCUGCUGCAUUCUGGAUUAGUUGCAGUUUCCGGGUCACCUUCAAAGGUAGCCCCACGUAGAGUGCAUUGCAGUAGUCCAAGCGAGAGAUAACUGGAGCAUGCACCACUCUGGCGAGACAGUCCGCAGGCAGAUAGGGUCUCAGCCUGCAUACCGGAUGGAGCUGGUAGACAGCUGCCAUGGGCACAGAAUUGACCUGUGCCUCCAUGGACAGCUGCAAGUCCAACAUGACUCCCAGGCUGCGCACCUGGUCCUUCAGGGGCACAGUUACCUCACUCAGGACCAGGGAAUCCACCAUACCUGCCCGCCUCCUGUUCCCCCAAAACAGUACUUCUGUUUUGUCAGGAUUCAACCUCAAUCUGUUAGCCACCAUCCAUCCUCCAGCUGCCUCCAGGCACUCACACAGGACCUUCACUGCCUUCACUGGUUCUGAUUUAAAGGAGAGGUAGAGCUGGGUAUCAUCCGCAUACUGAUGAACACCCAGGCCAAACCCCCUGAUGAUCUCUCCCAGAGGCUUCAUGUAGAUGUUGAAAAGCAUGGAGGAGAGGACAGAACCCUGAGACACCCCACAAGUGAGAUCCCAGGGGCCUGAAACUCAUCCCCCACUGCCACUUUCUGAACAGGGCCAGUGUGAGGGAAUAUAUUGCCAUUAACAAACAUGCGCGGGCAUCCUGAUUUUGGAAGCACCUGCUCAUGUCGGUACAGGCCCCUGUCACUGGGGCCGCAGUCAGGGGACCUUGUAGAAAUGUCUCUUAAGUUUAAAAUGCUGCUGCCUGAAGGUUUGAGGAGCAGGCUUCAGGUGAUCUGCUUUGCAACGGCAGACCCUUGUUCCAAGAGACAGCGUAGCAGCCACAGAGUCGGUUCCGCCAUGAAGCUCACUGGGUUACCUUGGGCCAGUCAGUGUCUUUUAGCCCGACCUACCUCACAGGGUUGUUGUGAGAAUAAAAUGAGGAGGCACAGGGCCACGUGCACCAACUUUUGCUCCAUGGAGAAAUGAUGCUGAUAUAAACGCAGUAAUUAACAAAUAAAUGCUAAAUAUCUUCUCCUAGCUGCCUUGUACCCGGCAUUGCCUGGGAAUUCUAAGAAACCCCCCUCCCCCCAAAAAUCAGUGCAGUUUUGAAAUCUGUGUUUUAAACCAGAGUGUCUUGAUCUCAGGAACCAUCAUGUAAAAUUUAGUUAACGCUUUCUUAGCCACUGUCCGUCCAAAUGCCUAGCAAGUUACCAAAAUAUAUAGUCGAAGAUGGGAACAGUCACAAAGGCGUGGACAGCUGGUGUCAAAAGGGAACCUGUGAUGGGUUGCCGAUUCCUGGUUAUUCAGGAUUCCUGACCGAUGGGAGCAGAUGGACAAGGCUGGUGUCAAUACUGGUGGAAAUGGGGGUUGCAUAUUGAUGGCAAUCAAUGGGUGCAAACCAUAGCGAUGAGGGUGUUCUGGCGAGAUUGGCAGAGCUGGUGACACACCUGGUGAAUGGGUAGCGGUCCUGCUGAUGGGUAGAUGCUGAACCAAAAACAAACCCCUGUGUUGCAAUAAGAACCAAUCACAACAAUACAAACACAACACGUAGGCUAAUAGUCAAGUCAAGUCAAGCAACCUUUAUUGGCAUCACAUAAGAACAUUCAGAAUACAUUUGAAAUAGCUAGGCCAGUGCGAUCUCGUCGCCACCCCAACAGCGCAGUCACCCGCCAAAGGGCAGAAGAGGCGAGCAAUCCACCUCAUCUCUGAGGGUUUCCAGCAAGGGCAGGAUCCUGUAGCUUACUUCGGCAACAAAAAAUCAAAUAGAGGAACUUAGCUACUGUCUUGGUGAGCUCCUGGUCUCUCCCCUGUAAUAAGAAGCGCAUAACCUCCGUCUCUGGUUUCCAUGUUGGAAUACAUAGAUGGUCUAGAAAUCCUUGGCAGAGAUCAUCAUACAUUUUACAGUUAAGGGCCAUGUGAGCUAGAGUUUCCACCAGGUGGGCAUCGCAUGGGCAGAUCUUAUCUCCUCCUGCCAAAGCCACAAACCUACCCCAAAGGAGGUUAGAAGGAUUAGAAUUGAACCUGGCCAGUGCUACUGAUGUUUCUGGUGCUACUGAUGUUUCUGCUGCUGACUUCUUGUCCCUCUGUCCCACAACAGCUGCCUGAGGUGGAGGACCCUGACCGGGGCCAACCGUGUCAGAGGUGCGGAGAACAGUGCCCAGGCUUCCUAGUGCAUGGAUGGAGGUAGGAGAAUGUGCUGUCCCUCCCUCCCUCCAUCAAAUCUCCCUCCAUCCUCUGUGAGAUCUCCCCCUCCCCAACUGUCUCCCUGUUUAUUGGACCUCUAGGGAUUAUUUGUGCUGUGUUGCCCUCCUAUGCCAUGGGUUGUAUCUAACUGGGUCCCUUCUAUCACUUGACACCUCCCAUGCUGCUUCAAAGGCUCCCCAACCCCCUGGAGCACAUAUGGGGAGGUGGGCUGCAGAAGGAAAGGGGGGAAUAAGCAAAAAAUGGCCUCUCCCUCAGCUGUCCAUGGAAGCCUCCACUGGAUUCAAGAGGGCAGAGAAACACAGUUGGAUCCAAACCCCUGUGGAUCCACAGCCUUUCGGGCUGUCAUCUCCUUCCUAGGGAGUAAGUCCCAUUGAACACGGCAGGAUGGAUUUCUGAGCAAGAAGAGAAACUGCAGGGUGUGCAUCUCUUUCCUCCUUUUCUACCUUGCUGAUUUGAUUUGCUCUGUCUUGCACGCCUUUCGUUCCUGCCGUCUUGUACUUCGCGCCCUGCCUGCUGCCCCUCAAGCCUUUCUGAACAGAAAUCUAGAUAAGCAAGUUAAAACCUUCCCCCCUUUCCUCCUGUCACUAUGGAUUCUCCUUAUUCCACAUCCUUAUUCAUAGCUCUAAUUUGUCCCUUGCCUCUCUGUUCGCAUUCAUGUCUUCCUCUUGCAGACACAUCACUCCAGACUCAUUUUUCUCUCUUUUUCACAUCCAGCCUCCCCCCCCCCAAAAAAAUUGAAUUGCAGCAGGAAAGCAGUGGAGUGGAAGAGCCUUUCCUUUCUGUCUCUUUCCAUCACUCACUUCAUUUCCGCCCACCCCCUGCCCCCGCCCUGGCGUAGCCCCCAUCCUGCAUCUUUCAUUGUCCUCGUUCAUUUCCAGGCACUUGUCGCUGUGGUCUUGCUGCCCGCAGAGACUGUAAGACACGGCACGCAGGACUCUCUCCCCUUCCUCUCUCUUUAAUGAGCUGAUGGCCCCGUUUUGCAGGAAUAGCACAGCUUGCCGUUGGGGCCCUUUUGCCCCACUCCUGCGUUCCCCUUUUGUGGGGCUGGAGAAAUUCUCAUGAUGAACUUGUGCUUAACAGUGCGAUUAGGGGUGGGCGAUUCACGGGAAGUAAGUGUGGUCUGUGUCAUUUGCAUUGCAGGGGCCGUGGUAAAACACAAACGUGGGAACUUGCACUGGAAGCCGCCCUUGGGGGAUUUGCAUGAAGGAGUGGGGCAGGUUAAACCACAGAGCCUAGGACUUGCCGAUCAGAAGGUCGACAGUUCGAAUCCCCACGACGGGGUGAGCUCCCAUUGCUCGGUCCCAGCUCCUGCCAACAUAGCAGUUCGAAAGCACGUCAAAGUAAAAUAGGUACCACUCUGGCAGGAAGGUAAACGGCGUUUCCGUGCGCUGCUCUGGUUCGCCAGAAGUGGCUUAGUCAUGCUGGCCACACGACCCAGAAGCUGUAUGCCGGCUCCCUCGGCCAGUAAAGCGAGAUGAGCGCCGCAACCCCAGAGUCGGCCACGACUGGACUUAACAGUCAGGGGUCCCUUUACCUUUACCUUUAAGGAUGAAUUAGCGCAGUGGUCCGCCACCACCACCCUGUUUUCUUCACACCAUCAAGUUUGAACCUAUCUUGUUAUUCGGCUACUCAGACAUCCUGUUUUUCCCUUAUAACUGGUGGUCACAGCGACAUUUGAGGUCUCUGCCUCCGUGUAGACUUGGUGCACCUUUUAUAUUUGUCAGAGUUGUGUCUCUUAGGGCUCAGCAGGCGGGCGAGUUAUGGAAAAGCGUUGAGGAUCUUGAGGCAGCAGUAGAGCUUUGCUGGGCAGCUUGGUUGUCUCAGAGUCUAGUUGGUGUUCGGGGACUGUAUCCCUGGAGACAUUACGUUUCCCUUCCUCUGCAGGAAGAUCUGCCAACACUGCAAGUGCCCAAGGGAGGAGCAUGCGGUGCGCAUGGUGCCUGUCGACCUGGAGAGGAUGAUGUGCCGCCUCAUCUCUGACUUCCAGCGCCACUCGAUCUCAGACGACGACUCUGGCUGCGCCUCUGAGGAGUACGCCUGGGUGCCCCCAGGACUCAAGCCUGAGCAGGUAACCCUAGAGCAUCAUCUGCACCAGGGUCUGUUUGGGAUCCAGGAUUGGAACUUCUGUACAGUGGACGCCCGGGUUGCGAACGUGAUCCGUGCGGGAUGCACGUUCACAACCCGCAGCGUCCGCAACUCGCAGCAGUGUGUCUGCGCACACACGGGUUGCGAUUUGGCGCUUCUGCGCAUGUGCGACCGCCAAAACCCAGAAGUAACCCGUUCUGGUACUUCCGGGUUUCGGCGGUCCGUAACCUGAAAAAAUGCAACCUGAAGCAUCUGUAACCCAAGGUAUGACUGUAUCUUUAAAAUUAUUUGCAAACAAAUAAUAGGCUUAUUAUUGAAUCACCGUACUUUUCUGUGUAUAAGGCUACGGUUUUUUCUUUUAAAAUCAUGCUAAAAAGUGGGGGUCAUCUUAUACAUUGGUAGUGCAUAGGGUGGACGUUUGAUUGGUUCCUGCUGCAGCUGUCAGUGGCUACUGUGCGUGUUAUUGGUUGCUGCAUCAAAGGUGUUGUUGAUUGGCUGAUGCUCCGGCAGUUGGGCGGGUGAUUGGCAGCUUCUUCUGGUGAUGGGACAGACGGAAGGUGGAUUUUGCAACACGUGCGGGUGAUCCCCCCUGAAAAAAGCUCAACAUCCCUGGGCAAUCCUCCGCAAAAAAAGCUGAACAACUCUGUGCCAUCUCCCCCAUUUUCUUAAAUUUGAGUCCCCCAAAUAGGGGGCGUGUUAUACACGGGGGCGUCUUAUAGAUGGAAAAUUAUGGUAAUUUUUUUUUCAUGUUUAUAUCUUAGGGUUUUGUGUCCUCAAAUGCAAAACUGUCUACUUUGGUCUCAGUUUUGUCCCAGUGUGACUGUCAUGGCUCCCCAACACACACACACUAUCCACAGGUAGGGGGCCAUAGUUUGGUGAGUGUCCUGAGCAACGUCAGAUGCCCUUGCCUUCCCAUCCAACUUGGAACUACAGUUCCCAGAGUUCCCAGGAAGAGGAGGGAAUGACUUCCAAAGCUAGUUUAAGCCUGUAGCGUAAAUUGGAGGCCUUCAAAGCUGCAGUUUCAUGUCACAUAGCUUUUCUCUUUGAAGGAGGUCACGGAGAUAAGUGAGGAAGUAAUUGGUAAAUUUCAGAAGGAGAAAAAUAUAUGCUCUGUGCUGUUGGAGCCCUGCUAAGUCAAGAGGAGGCAGUUCUGAUGAACCCCUCUGGGCCUUUCUGACCCAGAAGCCUUGCUACACCCUUGGCCACGUCAUGAUAAUCUAAGAUUAUAAUAAUACCCUUUAAACUACAAGCUGUUCUCUUUGUGUUAUUAAGGCUGGUUGUUAGAAGGGGGAGGGAAAAGCAGAGGCUGGUGACUAUAGUAAAUAACCACACCGAGACACAAACGCUGGCCUUUGGGAUCCAGGAUUCCCGUUCUCCUGAAGGAGUUAAAUUUGAUCCACCGCCAGACAGGAGCCAAUUCGACCUGGUAGGGAGUGCAGGCAGCUGCCCUGGAGGGUAGAAUUCCACAGGCUCCAGGUUAACCAGGAAAAUCUUCUAGGGAGAGCCCAGUCCUCUGCCCACCCACUCAAGACAUUUCAGGGUCAUUUGGUCUGGAGAGGGAGAGGGAAUCGCCCCACCCCUUUCCCCUCAUUUCAUAUAACUGAACGGAGGGAGAACCCCCUUCCCUUAGGAACAGGUGAAAAGGAAAGUGCAGUCAGGAAAGCACUUGGGAAGGACAUUCGCUAUAUAUUUAUCGCCUACCUACGACAGCAUAACCCUCAAGUUCACCCUCACAAUAACGCUGUUAGGUAGGCUAGGCUGAGAGAUGAUGACUGGCCCAAAGUCACCCAGAGAACUUUCCCCCCCAAAAGCUAUUUUUUAUUAAAGCUCGAAAAACAAAGAAAAAGCAAUAUACAGAAAUAACAUCAAAUCAAGCAUUUUUUAACAGAAAAACUAAAAGAAAGAAAAAGAACAGGCUUCCCAUUCUCCGUCUAUCAGCUUAAAAAACUUAUUAAAACUCUUACAGUCAUACCUCAGGAUAAAUGUGCUUCAAUUUAAGUAUUUUCGGGUUGCGCUCCGCGGUGACCUGGAAGUAACGGAGCGCGCUACUUCCGAGUUUCACCGCGCAUGCAUGUGCAGAUGAUCAAAAUGACGUCAUGUGCAUGCGCAGAAGCAGUGAAACGCGACCCACAGCUGUGCAGACGCGGGUUGCGUUCGCUUCAGGAUGUGAACGGGGCUCCAGAACGGAUCCCAUUCGCAUCCCGAGGUACCACUGUACUCUGUAAUAACAUCCAACUUGUCUAAUCUCCUUAAAGUCAACCAGUGCAUUUUUUUGACCGCGUGGGGAAUGGAAGCGAGGAGGUUCUGCUCAGCGUAGACCCACUGAAAUGAACAGACAUUAGUAAGUUAGGGCCAUUAAUAACUAGCAAAUACUAAUCAUUAUGAACAUGUUCACACGUCAUGGUAAAUCAGUGAAUGGUUUACUGUAAUGCGCCUACCUGGACUGUUUAUCUCUUCUUUGCUCGCAUCCAGAGAAAACAAUUAAGCCCAACCAAAGAUUGUGGUCUGUUUCAUAUCAACAAACGACAAUCAAUAAACUGGAGCAGAUCUUCAGUACAGAUCAUAGUUCGUUGGGACAAAGCAAACCUCAAUUUCUAGUUCAGAUGUAAUGCUAAGCCAGGGAUCUUGGUUUGUUUCCUUCCAUCACAAGCAGUAGGGAGAAAGGCAGGUGCAAUUCACGUAGACAAUAAACCGUGGAUUAUUCCUGGCUUACUGUGACGUGCGAACUAUGAUGGGCUGUGUGUGGGAUCAAAAUCCCUUGACCUGUCAGUGCAAGGAUUCCCACUAGUGCAACGAGACUUUCCUCACUUCUUCUCCCACCACACACACCCUGGACCCUCCUCAAAUCUGCUCUGGGGGGCUGGAGGAGAACCCCCAGAAGAGAUUUAGGGGGCUCACAGUGGGAGUGAAGUCCUGUUGCACUGGAAGGAUGGCUACGUUGGAUACAAGCCUCUAUCUUGCAAAGGGUAAGAAUUUUUCACUGAGAGCUCAUUGUUGAAAAGCAGUAUAUAAAUGUUCCAAAUAAACGUGUGAAGGGUUGUUUUUUCCUUUUGUCGCAAGUGUUUUCCUUCUCUGACUAACCCAUAAUAGUGAAUGGCAGCAAUUUUUGUGUAUUGAGAAAGGGGACUAACAGAAUGCAUUCAGGGACACAUUUCUAGUGAGGAGAAAAACUACUUCUGUAAGAUGCAAAUUCAGUCCCUCCACUCAUCCCCAGAGCAAAGAUGACAUUGGGUUGGAUCCAGACUAGCAGUGCAACCCCAUAGGAGUGUAUUCAGAAGUGUGCCCCAUUGAAUUCAAUGGGAUCUACUCUCAGGUGAGUGAGCACAGAAUUGCAGAUUCAUUUAGUUGUACUUAGAUCCCAUUGAAAUCAGUGGAUCAAGUGAUAUUCUAAAUUUCAGAAGCAAUUUACUGGGCCAACUGAUGUUCUAAAAUUUUCAGGCUAGGAUAAUCGGUGCACUUUUUAUUUUAAAGGAAGUCAUUUGGUCUGAUCUUUACCUUAAUAAAGUUGAGGAUUGUUCAGAACAAAAUGGUAGGAAGUUUUUAAAAAGAGGCGGUGCCAAUUUAAUUACAAACCAGUUGCUGCCUUUUUUGUAGGGGGUGUGUUGUGAAAUCUGAUCACUUCAGCAAGGCCAGGCUGUAAUCUGAUUAGCACAGCUCUUGUUUUAAGCUGAUUACUGAGAAACAUUUCUUUAAGACUUUCCAUUGCUUUCAUUGUAUAAGGUGUUUACCCUGCUUAUCUUGUUGAUUAUCAGGAGAACCCAUGGGGCAUGUUGACCAAGAGAGAGUGCUUUUUCUGAGGCCAUGCGCUGAGCUUAUGAGCUCAGAGUGGUCUCUAUCCGGUGCACCGGAGUAGCUCUCCCUGUGCACUAUUUGGAGAGUUGCUAGGAGUCCCGUUCUCCUUAUAGAGCUACAAUUCUCAGAGUUCCCUGUGAAGAAGGACUGAUAGUUAAACCACUCCUGGAACUGUGCCUCUGUGAGGGCAAUAGGGCAUCUUCUAACAACUCUCAGUACCCUUAGCAAACUACACUUCCCAGGAUCCUUUGGGGGGAAGCCAUGGCUGUUUAAAGGGGCAUCAUUUUGCUUUAAGCAUGUGGUAUGAAUGUAGCCCAGGCAUGGCCAAACUUGGCCCUCUAGCUGUUUUGGGACUACAGUUCCCAUCAUCCCUGACUACUGGUCCUAUUAGCUAGGGAUGAUGGAAGUUGUAGUUCCAAAACAGCUGGAGGGCCACGUUUGGCCAUGCCUGAUGUAGCCUGAAGGAGAUCACCGCGUCAAUCCAAAUUCGCUUCCACAUUUUGAACAUUCCUGUAAAGAACUUGCCUUCCUUGGACUCCUGGAAAACUUGGAGACGGAGCAGAAGGCCUCUGCUUGGGCUGCUGGGCAGCAGGACUCUAGCCCUUGUGAGCCUCACUUCUGGUCUCCCCUAUUUGACCCACUAAUGUCUCUCUUUACCUCCAGGUCUAUCAGUUCUUCAGCUGCCUCCCAGAGGACAAAGUCCCCUACGUCAACAGCCCUGGGGAAAGGUACCGCAUUCGCCAGCUGCUCCACCAGCUUCCCCCCCAUGACAGUGAGGUGAGAAGGGCAUUUUAUUAUUCCACACUGAGAAGGAACAGGAUGAUUUAAGAGGGAAUGGGUGUGCUUGCAAGCUCAGAGGGGUCGUAUUGGCAGUACCUCGGGUUAAGAACUUAAUUCGUUCUGGAGGUUUGUUCUUAACCUGAAACUGUUCUUAACCUGAAGCACCACUUUAGCUAAUGGGGCCUCCUGCUGCCACUGUGCCACCGCCACACAAUUUCUGUUCUCAUCCUGAAGCAAAGUUCUUAACCUGAGGUACUAUUUCUGGGUUAGCAGAGUCUGUAACCUGAGGUACCACUGUACAGAUUUUGCAGCAGAAUUCAAAAGGAUGCUGUAAACUGGGGUCAAACGACGACUCUCAUCAGUCCCAUCCAGUGCUGGCUGGGGAUGAUGGGCAUUGUAGUCAAACAAUAUCUGUAGGCCAACAGGUUGAUUACGGGUAACCCUGUGGGUGGUGACCAGAUGUACGUUUUGCAAGCUCCGUCACUGAAGGCUGCAACUGAGGCCCUGCUGUUAGUCCACUACUUUUAGAAAUACAGCUGGCAGGCGCUAGGGACAGGGCCUUUUUGGUGUUUUUGCCUCUCAUUUAUGGAAUUCCCUCCCUGGAGAGAUCCAAAAGGCUCCCUUUCUUUCUGUUUGUGAGGUGGGUUUUGGAAAGUUUUCUUCAGACACGUAUUUGCUGCAGAUUUUCUCUCUGUGUCUGCUGUUUCCUUAUUGCUGGUUUAGUGUGUCUAUUAAUCGCUUUGAGUGCAUUGAUAAUGAUAUAUUUUUUAAUAAUCAUUUUAUUAUUUGUACUCCGCCCACCUGACUGGGUUGCCCCCGCCACUCUGGGCAGCUUCCAGCAUAUACAAAAACAUAAUAGAAUGUUAAAAACUUCCCCAUACAGUAGAAAAGCAGGGUAGACUUUUUUGUUUUAAAUUAACAUUCAUUUUCUUCGACUAGGAACUGGCAACUCUCAUUCAUUCCUUUGUUCGUUUGUUCAUUCAUUCAUUCAAAGGCGGCAGUGCCCUCCUAUGUGGGGCUGCCCUUGAUGACUGCCUGGAGGUCUCCGUGCAAAGUCCUGGCUGGGGCAAAUUGCUGGGAGCACAUCAGUUAGGGCUCAAUGUCUGCAUCGGCUUCACAUGAAUUUCAGGACUCAAUUCUGUAUGCGACUUUUGAUUUAUAAAGCCCUUAUGGCCUUCAGGCCUGCAUACCUCAGAAACUGCUUUCUCUGCUUUUCAUCUUUGCCUUUUCAGAUCUACUGAGAGCACCUUUGUGACUGUCACAAUCCAGGCACUGUGUUUGAACAGCAAGGGCGUGUACAGAGGCGCCCUUGGUGGCUGCCCCACGGCUGUAGAAAAUCCCCCUAGGGGCUGUUUCAAGUCCAAACCUUAAGACUUUAUAGAGCAACUUUGCAAAAUGCUUCCGUUAGCAGCCCAGGGUUCCUGAUCACAAGGAAGAGGCUUCUACAUGUACCUUUAUUAUUAAUGUUGUAUGUGGGACUGCUGGAUAGGUGGGGGCUGCAGGCUGGGCUAGUCUAGGGGUUUGGCACACUUCUCCCUCACAUGUUAGGGAAUGCAUGUGGGGGUGCUUGUCUCCCCACACCUAUUGCUUUUGAACUUCUUAUCCUACAGGUGCCACAUUAAUACCCAUUCCGUAUUUGUGAGAAUUUGAUCUUUUUAGUGUGGCAGCGCCUGCUAAAAACAUCCUUAUUUAGGCAAGCCUACGCAAGGUGGCACUGAGCCUCUUGGGCUUGCCGAUCAGAAGGUCGGUGGUUCGAAUCCCCACGACGCGGUGAGCUCCCGUUGCUCGGUCCCUGCUCCUGCCAACCUAGCAGUUCGAAAGCACGUCAAAGUGCAAGUAGAUAAAUAGGUGCCGCUCCGGCGGGAAGGAAAAUGGCGUUUCCAUGUGCUCCUCUGGUUUCAGUGUUCCAUUGCGCCAGAAGCGGCUUAGUCAUGCUGGCCACAUGACCUGGAAAAACUGUCUGUGGACAAACACCAGCUCCCUCGGCCACUAGCGCGAGGUGAGCGCCGCAACCCCAGAGUCGUUCGCGACUGGACUUAACUGUCAGGGGUCCUUUACCUUUUUACCAGCUGGUUUGAAAUGCUGAUGUGAAUUUUAACAUAUUUUAGAAUUUUAACCUUUGGUAUGUUUUUAAAGUAUUGAUGUAAUUUUUCCUUGCUUUUAUCUUUUUAUAAAAUGCUUUGGGGGUGGUAUGUUGAUUUUUUACAAUCAAAUGGUAUAUAAAUUUCAUGAAAUAAAUGAUGAUAAUAAUAAUAAUAAUAAACAGUCCUACUUCCCUUUCCAAACUUCAUUUUUAGAGAUCUCCCCCCGCCCUCCUUUCCCCAACUUGGGCUUGCCAUCCGUUUGGCAGGGGGGAGUUUAUAGAUCCUUUCAUGCAAACCAAGGGCCCACAGAGAAACUAGUUACCUUCUGUAUGUUGCUAGACUACCAUUCCCAUCAUCCCUGGACCACUGGCUAUACUGGCCGGGGCUGAUAGGAAUUGGAGUCCAGCAAGAUAUCUGGAGGGCAGCAGGUUUAACAAUUGCCAGCUAUAGAAAUGGAAAGGAAUUUCCCCAGGGUGGUUGUGUUUGUUUUGCUUGCUUGCUUGAGGUGGGGAUUUUUAUUUUUUAUAUAUUUUUUGCCUUCUCACUUUCUGUGUGUGGCUUUUGUUCUCUUGCUUUCAGUCAUCAGCAGGUAUCUGCUCUGCAGGCAAUGUGUUCCCUCUCACUCUCUGUUUGCGAUCUGCACUACUGGGAUUAAUCUGUGUGUGUGUGACAGGCUGAUAAUCACGGUAGAAAAAAGCAGGCAUUCUUCUCCAAACGGGUAGUGUGUGUUCUGCUAAUUAAUGCACAGCACUUCAUGUAGUCUGUUUCCCCACCGCUUUCCUUUUUAAAAAUUAUUCACCAAGGUAAUCCAGAUCUUUCAUCAAGGGGAAUUUUCAUUUUUCAGAAUGUAAAAACCAUGCAAGUCACACAGAUGUGUUCCCUCCCCAGCCCCCUCACUUUGGACACUUUUCACGAAGCGUGGUUCACAUACUACGUCUCAAUAAGGGCUAGAAAUGUUUAAUGAAAACUAGAGGUCUUCAGGGGUCAGCAAACGUUUUCUCAGCAGGGGGCUGGCCCACUGUCCCUCAGACCUUGUGGGGGGCUGGACUAUAUUUUGAAAAAUAUAUAUGAAUGAAUUCCUUUGCCCCACAAAUAACCCAGAGAUGCAUUUUAAAUAAAAGCACACAUUCUACUCAUGUAAAAACACGCUGAUUCCCAGACCGUCCGCGGGCCGGCUUUAGAAGGCGAUUGGGCUGGAUCCGGCCCCCGGGCCUUAGUUUGCCUACCCAUGUCUUAGGAGGGGAAACAGUUUCCACACUUGAACAGGGCUGCUGAGCAUUCCCAGCGCUGAUUGUAUGUAUGCGGGGAAAGAGUGAAGGGGGGAGAUCUGUGGCCUGGGGGGGUCUCCUCCACUUCAGAUUGUAAUCGGAUGAAGGUUGCUGUGCUAAAUACCUUUGCCCUUCCCAUUCACAAGGCUCUUGUCUGUUGCUCCCAGGGGGCUGGAUUAAUGAUUAGGCUAAGUGCUCUCCAAAGGAGAGGCACAACACAAUGCCAUUUCCCAGCCUCGCUGCUCGGAAUUGCUAGGCCAAGGACGUCGCCAGCAAAACACUUUCCCCACAGGCAUGGGGAAGGGCUGGCUUAUGAUGGGGACAGAUGGUGUGUAGUGACCAUUAACUGACUGGAAAUGUAAAAUGCUGUUUGCGCAGGCUUUUGUUUUUAUUUUAUUUGUAUCCUCUCUUUUCGCUUGCUAGGAGCCUGGGGUCUUAACCUGGCUGUUUUUGUGAUAUUACGGGCACACGUGUGCUGGGUUGCUUGGGUGAAUUGUAGAGUGGCAAGGUACCCCCAAAGGUCAUCUAGUCCAACCCCCUGCAAUACAGGAAUCUCAGCUAAAACAUCCAUGACAGGUGGCCAUCCGACCUCUGCUUAAAAAUCUCCAAGGAAGGAGAGUCUGCCACCUUUCGUGGGAGUCCGUUCCACUGUCAAACAACUCUUACCGUCAGAAAGUUUAUCCUGAUUUUUAGCCAGAAUCUCUUUUCUUGUGACUUGAAGCCAUGAGUUUGAGUCCUGACCUCCAGAGCAGCAGAAAACAAGCUUGCUGCAUCUUCCAUGUGGUAGCCCUUUAGAUAUUGGAAGAUGGUCUUCUUUUCUCCAUUGUGCUUGUAUUCAAACCACCAGGCAUGGGCAGGCUUGGGCUCUCUUUAUACUUGCUUGUUAUCAGGAACUGGUGCUCUGUCCGUUAGUUAUCUGGAUUUGAUAGGCUGCCGGGUGGUGUUGACCUGGCUUCACCUUGUGAGUGGAUGGUUCUCUGUUUACAUCAGUGGUGAGGAGUCUGUGGUGCCCUCCAUCAAUCCCAACCAGCAUCGCUGAUAGCCAGGGAUGAUGGGGGUUGUAAUCUGGGGUAGGCAACCUAAGGCCCAUGGGCCACAAGCGGCCCACAGAGGUUGUUUAACCGGCCCACGAGCUGCCCACUCGGUAAGUCCCCUCACGCUGCACUAAACCAACGUGGCGCGGGGACUCGCUUCUGUGGUGCCAGAAAUCUUGUCUGCGCAUGCCCAGACACCGGAAAUCGCGGACGCGCGCUAACACACACACACAGUCCGGCCCAUAGAGGGAUCUCCACUGGAGUGAACCAGCCCAGGCGAGGUAAACCUUGCCGACCCCUGUUGUAAUCCAACAACAUCUGGAGGAUUGCAGGUUCCCCAUCCCUGGUGUAGACACACAAAUGCAGAAACACCUUAAACUUUAGGACUCUGUGAGAUUUGUAGAGGUAGGAAGGAAAAGUUGGCACCUAAACUUCUGGUAAGAAAACUGUCACUGGCCAUGAUUCCUACGGGCGUGGAGUGGCAUUGCUAUCCCUUGGCGACUCUGAGGUGAAAAUCCUCUGUAUUUGGUGUUACACUAGAAAACCACUUCUCAUUCAUAUUGGAAGUUCUGAUAAGGGUGGCGCUGGGAUUAUUUCCCAGGAAAGAGGCACCUGACUCCUACAAAAAUGGCGUCUUUGGAGGCCUGCGCCCUCCCCACCCUGUAUAGACCUCACUUUUGCUUUUCCCCCAAACGCUUUGUGGGUCCUUUCUCUGAAACCAAAGGAGCAAGGCCGGCAAACACAGGGAGAUGAGGUAACUGGAAGAGUUUCUGCACAUGGAGAAAUUGAAAAAGAUUAGGGCUCUCGAACCUUCCCAAGAUGAUGAUGAUGGGGAGGGGGGGAAAGGAUCAGAUAAAGAUCCUGAUUAGUGUUAGAGAAACCAGCUGUGGGGACUGCGGUUUAUCCUUCGUUGUAAUGAGAGGGCUGGAAGACGCCCGAUAAUGCCCUUCAGCAUUCUGGAAACAAGGGUACAGUAGUGAUUUCCUCAUUCAGGGAGCUAUAAAACAACAUGGCCCUUUGCCAAGGGAUUUUGGGAAGGCCGGCUAGUGCCAGGCAAGGACUGCAGUCCUCAUCCCACAGGUGCCAGGUUAACAAAGCUGGGCUGCCAUCCCAAGGGUGGGCCUUGUCCUGGGGCAAUGGUUGGCUGGAGCCCAAGGCUGAGUAUCUGGUGGGUUCCCCCAGGUGCGGAAGGAGGGCGGGGCAAGGACGAGACAGGUAGGCCAGCAUUUGAUUGGGAACUGCAGCGCUGUGCAACCCAAGAGGUUUCUAUAGGCGUUGUCCCAUGUCCGUCCAUUGGUAGCCAAUCAGGAUGGAAGGAAUGGAGGGAGGGAGGGAGGUUUAAGGUGGCCUCUGUAGUUUAUUUACCUCCAGGACCUGCCUAGAGUUCCCAGUUUGAAUCUCACCACAUUUUUAAACGGGGACUAAAAACCAAGUUUGGGUUUCAAAAAGUAAGACACAACCUGUGACUGAGGCGAUGGCUGUUAGGGGGACACAAGCUAAGAGUCAAGUUCAGAAUCUCUCCCGCCCCCCUCAAAAAAAAACCCCUGUCAUUGUCAAAAGCUGAAGGUGAACUCUAUCACAAUCUGCACUUGGGGAUGGGAAUGGGAAGAAGACAGACAUUUCAAAAUGGCGCUGAGAGAGUAGGGAUUGACUUGCACCAUUCCCCUGCUGCUGUGUCGCAGACACCAUUAGAUGCUGUACAGUAGUUAAGAUGGUCAGCCCAUCGGGGCAGAGCCCUGCUUUGCUUCUUAAUGUUAACUCUGUAAAUCGCCGUGUUACGUCAGUGGUGCUUUGUAAAUAAUAACAACAUCAUUCCAAAAGGGGCCAAUUGUGUUUUCUUAGCAAUUUGCAGCUUCAGUGCAGGAAAAAUACGAUUUUCCAGGGACAGUUUUGAUGGUGGAGGCACCACUACCUGAAUCCCACCCACCUCUAUUUGCAGAUUGUAUGGGUAACCACGGUGAAUUCUGUGCGUUAAGACAUAGUCUGGAAAAAGACCUUCAGAUAUGCACUGACAUCUCUUUCCCGCUUUGACGUGCUGUGCGGUUUCAUCCUUGCAGGGCAAACAUUUUAUUUAUUUUCCUUCUUAUAAAGUUUCACCUUCCCUCGGGUCACUGCCUGGCUGCAGGGCUGUGUAGCUCUACUUGUUGCUGCUGCCUUUGAUCUUUGUGCCCCAGGCCUGGAACCAGAGUGAGAGCUAAGCAGCUGAGUCCUCUUUUUUUGGUCUUGGUUUUAAUUACAACAUGUCUUUUUCUUUGGGGGCUCCCUUUGGGGACAUAGGCAAAGCGCCUCUGGAACAGCAGCAGACACCCUGCCCCAAAGACGAGAAGACAUCUUGACAGUAUUGCUUUGGGCCCUCAUUGACUAACUCUUCUCUCCCCUCUCCCCAAAAAAUCUCUGCACAGGCUCAGUAUUGCAGCUCUCUGGAAGAGGAAGAAGCGAAAGAACUGAAGUUAUUCUCACAGCAACGAAAGCGAGAGAACCUGGGACGUGGGACUGUCCGCCUCUUCCCCGUCACCAUAACCGGAGCCAUUUGUGAGCAGGUAUUGGGCCUCACUCAGGCACUGCCAGUGUCAACACAGUUUGAGAACCAGCGCAGGGUUGAAGAGUGUUUGGGAGACUGAACACAGAGAAGUCUUCAGAGCCAAGCUAGAUAUCUGGCAGAAGACCAGUGGGGCUGGCAGCCCAGUCCACUGCUGAACAUCGAGAAAGCAGCAGCAGCAGCAGCAGCAGCAGAGAGGGUCUGGGAUUUUGGAGAGGGGAAGUGGCAGGUGGGAGAAACUUGCUUAGCCCUUUUUCUGCUUGCCACUUCUCACCAUGUGUUCCACACUCCCUGGGUCAACUUUGCCCAGCUGGCGUCCCGAGACAUGGCGUACUCAGACCGAGGGGAGGAAAGCAGGGAGAAGCGGUCACCCUUGCCCUUCAAAUUGUGGCCUCCUCCUCUGCCCCAUACUGGUUUCUUUAUUAGUUUUAACAUAUCAUUUUCAAAUAAUUAAACAUACUUUUACAUCUUAUACAAUUUUUUUGGACUUCCAUCAGUCACAUCUGAAAAUUUUCCAAUCUAAUCACUUAAUAUACAUUUCUUAAUUUCACUAUUACCUUUAAAUCUUUUGACUAAUUUCUCUUCUUUCUCUAUUUUGCAAUAUUUCAUAUAUUUUUCCUUACAAAACUUCUUGUAGUCCUAUUAGCGUAAUUUGUUGAUUACAGUUGCUCUUCAAAUAGUUCGUAUAUUUUUUCCAAUCUUCUGCAAAUCUCUGAUCCCGCAGGUUUCGAAUCCUUCCUGUCAUUUUAUCUAAUUCUGCGUAGUCCAUUAAUUUUGUCUGCCAUUCUUCUUUCAUCGGGAUUUCUUCUUGCUUCUGCCCCAUACUGGUUUUUAGAGGGAGACAUGUUAACUAAACAAAAAUAUUUCAUCCAACGUCUAGUUUAGCACUCGCAACAGCAGAUUCUCAGGGUUCAGCUCAAUGUGUAGAAGCCAUUACAAACCUCUGGUGGCUUGUUAAAUCCACUGUGCUGAACCUGAAUCCAGAAAUUCAGGUCUUAUCAGUUGGGCUUCAUAAUUAGAUCCAUAAAGGUAAAAAGGUAAAGGACCCCUGACAGUUAAGUCCAGUUGCAAACAACUCUGGGGUUGCGGUGCUCACCUCGCUCUACUGGCCGAGCGAGCCAGCGUUUGUCCACAGACAGUUUUUCUGGGUCAUGUGGUCAGCAUGACUAAGCCGCUUCUGGCGAACCAGAGCAGCAUGCGGAAACGCCGUUUCCUUCCCUCCAGAGUGGUACCUAUUUAUCUACUUGCACUUUGACGUGCUUUCAAACUGCUAGGUUGGCAGGAGCUGGGACCGAACACCGGAAACUCACCCCAUCGCGGGGAUUUGAACCACCAACCUUCUGAUUGGCAAGCCCAAAGCUCAGUGGUUUACACCACAGCGCCACCCGCGCCCAUACUUAGGCCCAAUUUGUGUGGUGUGAAUGGUCUUUCCUGGUGCUCAGGACCAGCAUCUCCGUGGUCAUGUGUGCAAGCGCUACUUAGGCUGGUCUCUUGAUUCAUGCUGUUCCUUCCCAUGCCAGUAGUGCUGGUGCUCUAGGGAAUUCUACGCGAGUGGGGCUUGCAUAAGUUGCUCUUUCGAUGCUGAGGUUGCUUCACUGGAAGUUGAAUCAGGGUUGUGAUCUGUUGGCAAGGGCAGCAAAUUCCAGGGUGAUCCCAGAACACACCCUUUCUUCUAUUCCGGGUCAUUUCUGGGCCAUUGUGUGUUGGUAAAGAGCUCCAUUCUCCACCCAUCUCUGCAUGUCGGAGAUAAGAAUUGUUGGCAUGGCUCUGAUUCACUCCUUGUUGUGAACCUGGACUAUUGUAGCAGCUGGGAUUUCUGACAGCUACUACAGUCCGCUGGCGAGAGCCUCCUUCCAGCCUUCUGUUCGUGUUGCUGCCACAUGCCUCCUUCCUCGCCCUCUCAUGUUGGUGGACGACAGUUCCCAUUGGUCCCAGUGAGCAUGGUUGCAGGGGGGAGUUAAAGCCCCCCAAGCAACUGGAGGGCACCACGCUGGCAGACGCUGCAGUAGGCAGUGUGUUAUGGCUCCUGGAUUCUGUGUGUGUGUGUGUGUGUGUAUGCGCGCGCGCGCACACACACACACACACACGUGGCAAUUGCCCAAGAAAGUUAUGAAGGUAGCUCUGUUCCACUGUAUUUGCAUUCUGUGAUACACAGGAAGGGUUGGUCUCUAAAAAAAUUGGAAGAGGAAAUAUGUGGGCUGUGAGUUGCACCUCCCACAUGGAAAUUUUGAAUUUUGGCUCCUGGUACAAGAGGAGAGUUAAAAUACAUUGGAGGAGCAACAGCAACAUCUAGUGUUCAGAUGAGGUACUUGGCUCUUUUAAUACACACAAAAAUCCCAACCCUCGGCUCUGUUCUUCUCUUUUUUAUUUAAAUCUUGUUGAUUGCCUUUCAGCGAAAAUUCUCAAAUGAAACAAGAAAUGUUUAGAAACACAAACUGUGCACAAAAGCAAUAGAGCAGCAACAAGGUCAUUUCAGAGCACGCUCACCCUCGUAAAGCGUCCUGUGUAAACCAAACUGUUUUUGUGAGCAGCCCUGGAAGAAACAUGGCUUCUUAAUGGAGAGUGACAGUUGUGGUGCCACCCCUGAGGAGGCCCUGCCGUGAGCCUUGGGGAGUCUUAUUUCUGAAGAGGAAAUGCCCCUCUCUGAAGGUCUCUAGUCUCUGGCGAAUAAGCAUCACCUUGAAUUAAAAGUCUCGAAAGAUGACCACUGCCUUGGACAGUUUGGGUUUAAAGCAGAGAUAGAGAACCUGUGGCUUCUGUAACGUAUGUGUGGUGCUUCAAACCCUUUGCAAAGUGAUAUGUAAGUCUUAAGUGCUCUUGGUUUCUCUUCCCUUGGCAGUGCGGGAAGCAGAUAUGUGGUGGGGACAUUGCGGUCUUUGCCAGCCGGGCUGGGCAUGGCGCCUGCUGGCACCCACAGUGCUUUGUUUGCACCACCUGCCGGGAGCUCCUCGUUGACCUCAUCUACUUCUACCAGGGCGGCAAGAUCUACUGUGGGCGUCACCACGCUGAGCGCCUCAAACCGCGAUGUGAGGCCUGCGAUGAGGUGAGGGUUUGUGGCAGACACUCCGAAGGCCACAGGGUGGGGAUAUUGGAUGGGUGGAUGGAUGGAUAGAUACUAGGGUUGCCAUAAAUCUGGAAUUUCCUAGAGAUACCCAGAAUACUGCAGUCGGAAGCAGUGUCUGGGCAGAAAUUGGCAAAAAACAAAAAAGUGUUGGUGCUGACCUUUAAAGCCCUAAACGGCCUCGGUCCUGUAUACCUGAAGGAGCGUCUCCACCCCCAUCAUUCUGCCCGGACACUGAGGUCCAGCGCCGAGGGCCUUCUGGCUGUUCCCUUGCUAUGAGAAGCCAAGUUACAGGGAACCAGGCAGAGGGCCUUCUCAGUAGUGGCAUCCACCCUGUGGAACGCCCUCCCACCAGAUGUCAAAGAGAAAAACAACUACCAGACUUUUAGAAGACAUCUGAAGGCAGCCUUGUUUAGGGAAGCUUUUAAUGUUUAACAGACCACUGUAUUUUAAUACUCUGUUGGAAGCCGCCCAGAGUGGCUAGGGAAACCCUGCCAGAUGGGCAGGGUAUAAAUAAUAAAUUCUGUUCUAUUCUAUUCUAAAAUGCCUGGGAAAAUCCAUACGUAUGGCAACCCAUGUCGGUCCAGAUUUUCACUUUUUGAAAGAUGGCAGUCCUGAUACACACACGCGCUCACACACACACGUUUUGAGAUUUCUUCUCCAAAUUGUGCACCAGGUUGCAUGCUUUUAUGCCAGAUGUUGAUCAGACCUAGUUUUGCUGAGUCAAGAAGCAAAUUUCUAUUUCAGUUUUAAAUUAUUUAACCCAACGCAGAAUGUUAGGAGAUAUGACUGUGGGACAGGGGGGUGAUGACUAGUUUUUAGUUUUAAAAGCAAAAAUUGGGCACUGGUUCACCACCCCUGGAUGUUAUUAGUUAUUAUGACGGAAGGGAAAGCUGAGAAAGGGCGAAGAGGAACAAGUGUCCUCCUGAGUAUUUUUGUGUGUAUAUAUAUAUAUAUAUAUAUAUAUAUAUAUAUAUAUAUAUGGGUCCACACACACACACACACACACACACACACACACACACACUUUUUUGCUUAUUUUUAUGCCACUCCACAACAUUUCUGGGUGGCUUACAUGAAAACCAAUGUAAAUAUAAAGCACAAAAGCGUGAAAUCGGAACUACAUCUCUCUAGAAAGUGUAGUGAUGGCCUUUUACAGUGUUGGCUGUAAAGGGGUUUUGACCAAUUCAUGGAGGAUAAAACCUCCAUUAUCAGAAGAAGUCAGCCUCUGAAUACCAUUAGUUGAGAGUUACAAGUUGGGAUAGAGCCACUGAGCUCGGGUUCUGCUAGGGUGGGCCUUUGGCCUGAUCCAGCUGGACUCUUCUUAAUCUUAAAAUAAGGGACUUUUUGGCUUAACUCAUCUAGUAUCUACACCUGCCAUCCCAUUUCUGCAACCUUGCGUUUUGGGAAAGCCUUCAAGACUCAAGUCAUUUUUGCCCUUGUUUCCUUGAUGGAUCAUAAUCAUGUCAUUGGAAUUUGGAGUCUGUUUUUAUUUCUAUGACUGUUUCAUUCUUGGUUUUAGUAAUGCUGAUUUUUUAAAAAAUACCUGUUGUUUUUAUUAUUAUAAACCACUUCCAGGGAGGAACCAAAGGGAAAGAGGUGUGUAUUUCAGAUUCCCAAACCUCCCUGGCAGAGCAGAUUUCUACGUGUUCAGAAAGGGCACUUGGUAUAGCUCUCCUGGGACGUUACUUCAUGAAGAGGCAGUAACUCUUUGCUGUGCCUUGAGUUCCAGAAGGGAUUUUCUGGUUGGCUUAAUGCUGUUGGGCUCCCCUCCCCCACAUUUUCCUCUUUGCCCCUUGGCUCACUUGUCUGAGUUGCUCAAAGUUGUUGUGUUGCAUGUGAGUGGGAUUCCCCACAAAGGGCUUCAGGCGCCUGCCUUCUGUUUACUUCCCUCCCCUCUGACUUGUGGCUCCCUUUCUUGCCCUGCCCAACAGAUUAUCUUUGCAGACGAAUGCACAGAGGCUGAAGGCCGCCACUGGCACAUGCGCCAUUUCUGCUGCUUCGAGUGCGAGGAGGCGCUGGGCGGGCAGCGGUACAUCAUGCGCCAGAGCCGCCCCUACUGCUGCCGCUGCUACGAGAGCCUCUACGCAGAGUACUGUGACGCCUGUGGCGAGCACAUUGGUAUGGAUGCCCAGAGCUAUUUUGAAUAGGCGGGUGCUUUCUGCACAGUUCAUUUGGCUUCCAGAACUAAGGUUUCCAGGUGGACUUUUUGUAAGAAAUGGGGCAAUAGAUGAGAUGGGCACGGGGCAAGGGGGGAGUUUGGGAAGAGGGUUCUCCUGGGGGGCCAUUUGUGGGUUCCUUUUUAUGAAUUAUCAGAUAAUUGGAUCAGGCUAUGCUUCACGUGGGACGCGGGUGGCGCUGUGGGUUAAACCACAGAGCCUAGGGUUUGCCGAUCAGAAGGUUGGCGGUUCGAAUCCCCGCGACGGGAUGAGCUCCCGUUACUCGGUCCCUGCUCCUGCCAAACCUAGCAGUUCAAAAGCACGUCAAAGUACAAGUAGAUAAAUAGGUACCGCUCCGGUGGGAAGGUAAACGGCGUUUCCAUGUGCUGCUCUGGUUCGCCAGAAGCAGCUUAGUCAUGCUGGCCGGCUCCCUCGGCCAAUAAAGCGAGAUGAGCGCUGCAAUCCCAGAGUCGGCCACGACUGGACCUAACGGUCAGGGUUCCCUUUACCUUUAUGCUUUACGGGGAAGGAAGGCAAGGUUUGUCUCCAGAACAUGGUUUCCAUGCCAGGGCUCAGUAAACUUGAACGCUGUGUUUGCAGAGUGUUUCUUUAGCGUUGGAAAAACUCAGUUCUGGCUAUGGUGCAGCCACAGAAAGCUGCAAUGAGAAAAACUCCCAGCAGUGGCAGACUUUGGGGUUUAGAAUUUCAGCAUCACGCUGUGAGAUGCCAAAAUUUGGCGCCUCUCGCCUUGCGAUGUUUGUCAUUGUUGUGGCUGCCUCUCGGUGCCCAGUGCAGGCAAAAACCCGUCGUACUCCCCUGAAACCCACCUUUGCUCCCAGCCCAUGACAUGAUCCCCAGAUAGGGCGGAUUUGAUUUAAAUCAAAUCAAUUUAAAUCACCUUUUAAAUCACAAUUUAAAUCACUAGUCAGUAAGACUUGAUUUAAAAAUUUUUUUUACAGAAAGAUUCAUUCUUUCUGGUAUAAUCUUAAUAUUUACAAGCAGAUGAAGGUUUGAUUUUUGGAAUAAUAAAUUUUCAGAGUAGUUUUUACAGUUAUAUCCAAAAUUACUGAUUUGGAUAUACUAUUAGAAAUAUAUAGACAGAUAAUUAUGAAAUUAUUGUGAGGUUUAAUAAGUUAACUGUUUAUAUUUGGACAACCUUUCUGCUGUACUUUAUUGGAAGGAGAAGAGUAAUCAUUUCCUUAAUAACAAUUUAUUGAACUAAAACAAUAACAUUAUAGCAUAUGUAUCCAUAUUUGUUGACCGAUGUGGUUAAAUGUUUGUGGGGUUUUUUAAAAAACUUGAACUGAGUUUUAGCACACAUGAAAAACUUAAAACAAAUCCUUAUUUCCUAAUGAAUAGCCUUUGGACUAUAAUGUAUCUUAAAUGGAAAACUUCCUUUAGAAAGAUUUUUCCUCCAAAAGCAUUUUAUUUUAAAAAUACAAUUUAAAUUUUAAAAAAUCUGAUUUUUUUUAAAAAACUGAUGUAAAUAAAAAAAAUCUGAUUUUGUUUUUAUUUUUUUAAAUCACUGAUUUUUAUCCACCCUGUCUCCAGAUCUUUGAUUGUGUGCUUGUGUAGUAAUGAAGCACUGACCUGUCCCCUGGUUUGGCCUUUUCCUUUCCCUGCAGGCAUUGACCAGGGCCAGAUGACCUACGAGGGCCAGCACUGGCAUGCCACAGAUGCUUGCUUCAGCUGCUCCCGCUGCCACCAGCCCCUGCUGGGGAAGCCCUUCCUGCCCAAGCAGGGCCAGAUCUUCUGCUCUCGGGCCUGCAGCCUGGGCGAGGACCCCAACGGCUCGGACUCCUGCGACUCGGCCUUCCAGAGUGCCCGCUCCCAAGACUCCCGGCGAGCCAGCUGGCAGCAACGGCGGGUUCAGGCCCAGCGCUCGCCCUCCUCCUCCCACGUCGCCCGCUCCAUUUCCUUUGGAGGGCAGCCAGCACCCACUAAUUCGGCCCCGAGGAUCCGAAGGAGCUGGAGUGGCUUAUCUGGAGCCGGGGAAGAGGUGCCGACGGAAACAGAGGAGCUCUCGGAUCCAGACAGCAACGGCUCGGGCUGCAGCCAGAGUUGCGAGGAGCCAGUCAAAUGUACAUCUCGGGGUACUUCCACUUGCCCACCACCAGCCAUGGAGCAGGAGCCAGGAACAGGUGAGGCAGAACCAAGUGUGUUGGUGGAUUUUUGGGAGGGAAUGUGGCAUCCUAUCACCACCACAAACUUCUGGAUGUUAUUUGGGAAGGCCUUCCCUUGAGGCUGCCCCAGAAACUCCAGCAGAUGCAGAAUGCUGCGGUGAGACUCCUUAUGGGGUCCUCGCCGUGGGAUCACAUUCACCCGGUGCUAUACCAGUUGCACUGGCUCCCGGUGGAGUACAGAGUCAGGUUUAAGGUGCUGGUUUUAACCUUUAAAGCCCUAUACGGCCUAGGACCCUCGUACCUACGGGGCCGCCUCUCCUGGUAUGUCCCACGGAGGACCUUAUGAUCUUCAAAUAAAAACAUCUUGGAGGUCCCGGGCCACAGGGAGGUUAGGCUGGCCUCAACCAGAGCCAGGGCUUUUUCGGCUGUGGCCCCAGUCUGGUGGAAUGCUCUGUCACAAGAGACUAGGGCCCUGCGGGACUUGAUAUCUUUCCGCAGGGCCUGCAAGACAGAGCUGUUCCACCAGGCCUUUGGCCAAGGCACAGUCUGACCCCCCUCCUUUUGUAAUCCUCACAGAACUCUAGCCCAAUGAUUGCCAUUAAUUUGACUCUGAAUUGAUUUUAGAAUGUAUUUCAAUUAAAUGAUUAUGAUUUUUUGUAAACUGUGUUAUUUUUACUGUUGUUAGCCGCUCUGAGCCUGGCUUAGGCUGGGAAGGGCGGGAUAUAAAUAUAUUAUUAUUAUUAUUAUUAUUAUUAUUACAGUCAUACCUCGGGUUGAAGUAGCUUCGGGUUGAGCGUUUUUGGGUUGCGCUCUGUGGCAACCCGGAAGUAAUGGAACGCGUUACUUCCGGGUUUCACUGCUCCCGCAUGCGCAGGCGCUCAAAAUGACGUCACACGCAUGUGCAGAAGUGGCGAAUCGCGACCUGUGCAGGCGCACAGACGCGGGUUGCGUUCGCUUCAGGGUGCGAACAGGGCUCUGGAACGGAUCCUGUUCACAUCCAGAGGUACCACUGUAUUAUUAUUAUUAUUUGGAGUCCGGCCCUCUUUCUCUAACAGUCUUGUUUCUCCCCUCCCCCAGGGACUGAGAAGCGACCGUGCUUCCAACGCACAUCCCCCUUGCGCCAUUCUAUGCCAGAACUGGGCAUCCACCCCUCCAAGAUCCCAGACUGGAGCAGCAGCUCAGCUUCCAAACUCCAAGCAUCUGCCCAGCUGCGACCCAUCGAGGGGCCUGAGCUGGGGAUGGCGAGCUUUUCCCGGGGAGGGGCACCCCGAGUUAGCUUCCGGGAGCCCCUGGUCUCAGGGGAGCCCAGUGCUCCUGGUCUUGAGCAGACCUCCGUCGACGCCCAGCUGCUUCAGAACGGAAGCGUUAGCCGGGGACACCCUCGCUCCACCUCGGACAACUCUCUCAACCUGGGGAGCCAGGGCUGGCGGCCGCCAAGGAAAGGCGCAGCGGAGGGCAGAGGAGCGAGCCUCUCCUACUCCGCUUCUGAGGGGGCUUUUCCUGCCUGGCACCGGCGUUACCCGCCCCGGGGAUGGGACUUCAGCUCUUCCGAUUCCUCCGAUUCCUCCUCGGAGGAGGAAGGGUAUUUUCUGGGGGAGCCGAUACCCCUGCCCCCCCAUUUACGAGGCGGGGCUAGCCCCACAGAGUCCACGCCACCCACUGACUCGAUACGUAAGCGGCAGCGCCGAAGGCUGCGUGUGGUCCGGGACAAGAAUUGCGUUGUUGCCUAGACCUGACUUCCACCUUCUGGACUUUGGCCACAAGAAUCCAAGUAUGAAAUCGGGAUUUAGGCUUGGAACCACGGACCUUUGCUCCGUCCGCCAUGACUGCUUUGACUCGCGACCCCUCGCCAGGGAUCCUCUUCAAGUGACCUCUCCAUCGCAACCGUUGAAAUCCCCUCACCUUUCCUCAGGGACCCUUGAGCGCUCUCUUUUCCAUGGUGACCUUUGAUCUUUAGAUGUGACCCUUCUGUGAAGAACCUUAACUCCUUUCUCUGGUGGUCUUUGAACUUUGGUUGUGUUUCUUUUCCAUUGUGGCCUUUUGACCUCUCAACUGUGACCUUUUGAACAUGAAUUAACCCUUCUGUCUUGAACCUUCGGAGUGAUGGUCUUUUGAACCUCUGCACUGUGCCCUAUGAACUUCCAACUGCAGUCUCUUACCUGGGAACCCUUGAACUUUGGUUUUGACCUUUCCACUGUGACCUCUCAACUUAUCUCACCUCUCCUGGGUUGACCCUUGUUGAUCAUUGACUUUCAAGUUGCCAUUAUUAAUUGCCUGCUUUCAAGCUCUGGGUGCUUUUUUCUCUAUAGAUCAGGUGUUUGGUGUGUGUAUAUGUUGUGGGGGAUGAACUCCUUUCUACAUCUGGUACAGGUUUGCACCCAAUAAAGAUGGACACCAGGCGUCCUCUAUAGGGCAAAGCCUGCAACAGAUCUUCUUGAUCCACCUCAAACUACUCUUCUCUGUCCUGUCUUCUUGCACUUUGUGCAUCUCUUGAGUUUGCAAUUUUUAAAAAUUGGGUGGGUUUUUUUUUCUAAUUGAGGAUUUAAUUUAAUUGAAAUUUAAAUAAAAAUAUAUGAAAACA